UUUUUCUUUCUACAGGCUGGUGUUCAUGAUGAUGGAACUCUCAACUACGGAGAGUUUGUUGCACUUUCAAUCCACCUCAGAAGGAUGGCAAAUGACGAGCACCUACAUAAAGCUUUUGCAUUCUUUGAUCAAAAUCAGAGUGGUUUCAUCGAGAUUGAAGAGCUUCGAGCUGUGCUAAACGAUGAAGAAACAAACAGUGAGGAUGUCAUCAGUGCCAUUAUGCACGAUGUCGACACUGAUAAGGACGGAUGCAUAAGCUACGAGGAGUUUGCAGGAAUGAUGAAGGCGGGAACCGAUUGGAGAAAAGCAUCGAGGCAAUAUUCACGGGAAAGAUUCAACAACCUGAGCUUGAAGUUGUUCAGAGAAGGGUCAUUUAAUCUUACUAAUUAAGGUGUAUAGAUAAACCGUCUGAAAGAUGAAAUGAUUCAACCGAUAUCUGAAGAAUGCAAAUAUUUGGUAUAUAUAUAUAAAAACACUUAUGUUGGGUUUUCUGCCA